AAUUCGGCUGAAAUUUAAAACCCCAAAAAUUUAAAACCCAAUUUAAAAAUUAUUAAAUUGAUAGCCUGGCUUGGUGGAACAGCAGGGUCUUGAGGGCACAGCGAAAUACACGGAGGUCGGAGAUCUUGCGCAUUUCCGGGGGCAUUACUUCCUUACUUUUUCAGUAGUUAUUAUAAAGAGAAAAAGAGUGCCAAUAAAUUUCAGCCUGAAGUCCAGGACCUAGUUCAGAGCACAAUGGUUAAAUCAACCAGGUGUCCCUUGGAUAGAUGCUUGGUGACUUAUCUGUCACUUCUCCUUCACUAUGUGUUCUCCUGCUAAUACCAGUGGAUAGAAUUCUUAUGGGGGAAAGAUGAUAGUUUCUUAAUGUUGGAGAGGUAGAGUAAUUCACUCUGUGUGUGUGUAUGUGUGGGUGUGGGUGUGGGUGUGAGAGAGAGAGAGAGAGAGAGAGAUAACAUGAACACAUUAAAGAAAAAGGAUACAAAAUAAAAAGGAAAGAAUGGCACAUUAUAUUUGUAUACAUGGAUGUAUGGAAUGUCUGAGUGUGACAAGGACUCUGAAUUUAUAAGACCUUAAAUUGACAUGUGAGUUUAAUUUAAGAUAAUCACAGCCCAGUGUUCUUUCACUCUCAAGAUGGUUAGAAAUGGCUAAAAGAUAUGGGAUGGGACUGUGAUGGCUUUGGAAGGUAAGCAUUGAAACAGUGACUUCUGACAGAAAAGAAGUUAUUUGUGCCUCUCUUGCGUGUUCAUUCAGUUGGUCAAUAAAUAUCUGAAAUUGAGAGCAUGCCUCAAUGCCACACUGGGUUAAACACACUAACAAAGAGAUGGAGGUGACAAGGCACUAUAAAUUAAGCUAAGCAGUAUACCCAUUGUACAGUCAGCAUUGUUUGUGUCCAUACUUUAAUGGUAUAGUCUGUCUGAAUGCAGAAAUGUUGGGGAGGAAUUAGGGCAUGGUAAGCUGUCAAUCUAGUUUGCCUGUUCAACCUGCCCUACUUUGUCCAAUGUUCCACCCUAGGUAACCCUGAUUGUUGUCUUUAUAAUAGGACCGGAUGUUGCUUGCUAAAGUAUACUGGAUGGUCAUUUAUUAGAGAACAGAUUGUCAGAAUGCUUUUGCCUAUAUUUGGACUUGCCAGCAAGGAUAGUUUUAAAAGAUUCACUUGAGAACCCCUUAGAAUUUGCUGGCUGCUUUUGAUUGUUGAGCUGGGGACCGGUGUCAGCCUUCGAUUGUAAGGGCUGGGCAGUUCAACACUUAAUUUACAUUUCAGAUACUUCCCCCUUUACCAGUAUUCAAAUUAGCAGCCUCUUCUUUCUUUAAAAGAAGUAAUGGACAAGAAGAGCAUGUUUAGUUCCUGCUGUGCUCUUGUGAAAGCAACUAAACUGUUUCUACCUGUUGUUAAUUGGCAAGCAGAAAUUUCUAAGGAGAAAGGUGGUGCUACUUGAGGCAACUCCCAUUCAUUGAAGGGGAUACAUUUAUGAACAAAGCUUGAGGAGUUCCAGAAUAGAUACUAGCUUAUUCCAUCCACCAUGAUCCUGGAGAGAAUUAUCUGGAUCUGCAUCACCUUCUGUACUGCGUCUGUUAGACCCCUGGCAGGGAAUAGCUGGAAGCAGGCAGCUGCCAGUCCCAUCAUCCAGCAUAAACCAUUUGUUGUGGUGUGGAAUUUACCCACAAUCAGAUGUCAAGAGCAUUUUGGGAUCAGAUUACCUCUGGAAGUCUAUGGCAUUGUGGAGAACAAAGGCAAUGUGUUCCGUGGACAAAAUAUGACUAUUUUUUACAAAAACAAGUUUGGACUAUAUCCCUACAUAUCUCCACAGGGUGACUGGCAUAAUGGGGGGAUCCCUCAGAAGGUUAAACUGAAGAGACAUCUAGAGAAAGCCGCUAAGGAAAUCACAGAACUCUUGAACAAUAACUUCCAAGGUCUGGCAGUAGUAGACUGGGAAGAGUGGCGACCUCUCUGGAGAAGAAACUGGGGGCCCAAAAUGGCUUAUAGGGAGGCCUCUAAACAAUGGGUGAGGAAAAGAUUUCAUGGACUCUCUCCUGAGGAGCAAACUCACUUAGCUCAGGUAGAGUUUGAAAAGGCCGCACGGGUGCUGAUGGAGACUACUCUAGCUCUGGGAAAGAAGCUGAGGCCACAUGGUUUCUGGGGCUUCUAUAGGUUUCCUGAUUGCUUCAAUGACAAAUGGGGGAAAGUGGAGAACUAUACUGGCCAAUGUAAUCCGAAGGAGGUCCUGUGGAAUGAUCAGCUCAUGUGGUUGUGGAAGAUCUCCUCAGCCCUCUAUCCCAGUAUCUACCUUCCACUGAAAGUACCAGUUUUGUACCGCCAGCAUUAUGUACAUCACCGUCUUGGUGAGGCAUUCCGUGUGGCACAGUUUGGCACAGAGCAUCCCCUUCCUGUGUUACCAUAUUCCAGGGUUUCCUACAGGCGUUCUUCAAAGUAUCUGACUGAGGCUGACUUGAUAAAUACAAUUGGAGAAAGUGCAGCAGUUGGCAGUGCUGGGGUUGUACUCUGGGGCGACCUCUCCUACUCCCGGUCACUUGAGAGCUGCAAGAGUCUUCACCAUUAUAUCACCACCACACUGGGACCUUACAUCGCUAAUGUGACUACAGCAGCAAACAGAUGUAGUCGCCAGCUAUGUCAUGGGAAUGGACGUUGUGUGAGAUGUGACCUGAGUGAAUUAGGAGCCUUUCUCCAUCUGGACCAUCAGCUACAGGAAGGGGACUUUGGGAUAACAGAUUUUCAAGACCAAAAUGUGUCAAUGCAAGAUCAUUUUCAGUGUCAAUGCUAUCCAAAAUGGGCUGGCACCCACUGUGAGAGGCCACAGAGGAUAGAGCCCUUUGAGAUACCAAAACCUAACCAAGCUUCACACUAUAACAAUGUAUAUGAUGCAGUUCAUGAUGGUGACAUUGAUUUGGGAUCAAAUAUCUGUCCUACCUCCAUUUAUGGUAAAGAAAAAGAAAGAUAACGAUUUCUCCAAAGCAGCACUUUAUUGAGUAAGAAUCUUGAUAGGUUCUAGGAAGUGAAUGUUUCCUGAUAACUUGAAGAGAAUGACAGAAUUCUUGAAUUAUAUUUGGAUAAUUGCCUUUCUUGUACCUCA